AUGAACAUCUUCAAGGAGGGGGACAGGAAUACCAAAUUCUACCAUGCUUACAUAAAGUAUAAAAGGAAAUGUAAUACUAUUCAUGCUAUUGAGACUGUUGAGGGGAAUUGGCUUCAUGAAAAUGCUGAAAUAGCCAACGAUGCUGUAAACUAUUUCAAAAAUCUGUUGACUCAAGAGAACAAUCUCAGAAGCCCUAUUGAUUCAAAACAUUUCAAUGCUAAGAAGGAUUACACUGCCAAUUUAAAACUUGCUGACAUUCUUGAUGAAGGGGAGAUUUGGAAGGCUGUUAACUCUAUUGAUAGUAGCAAAGCAGUUGGUCCUGAUGGUUUCACAGUUGAGUUUUAUAAGAAACCUUGGGACAUUAUAAAACCUGAGGAACUUCUGAAUGACCUGAAUAAGACCUAUAGAGGUGGUAAUUUGAUAUACAAAUUGGAUUUGAAAAAGGCUGCUGAUACAAUCAGUUGGGGAUUCAUUAUGGAUGUUCUUGCUGCUAGAGGUUGGGGCUCUUUUACUACCUCCAGAGGUUUGAAGCAACGGGACCCCUUAUCCCCCACUAUGUUUAUUAUAGAAAUUGAUUAUUUAUCCAGAAUGCUUGAUGAUUCUCUUCUAAGCAAAAACUAUACUAUCUAUCAUAAUAGAUCCAACUUUGCUAUCACCCACUUGAUUUAUGCUGAUGAUAUCAAGGUUUUCUUGAGAGCUCAUAAAAAUCCUGUAAGGAAAGUGUAUCAGACUCUUCAAAAGUUCCAAACACACUUUGGUAUGUGUUUUAAUCCUGAGAAAUGCCUGCUGAUCUUCAAUAAACAUGUUAAUCCUAACUGCAAACAAUGGGCUUCUAGCUAUACUGGCUUCUCUAAUUCUCAGUGUCCUAUCAAGUAUUUGGGCACCAUGCUUCUUAGUGGAAUAACCAGGCAAAUUCAAUUUGAAGAAGUCAUAAAUAAGAUCACUCCCUACCUUAGUGGGUGGACUCAUUCCUUCCUUUCAAAUGGGGGCAGAAUCACUCUACUGAAAAGCAUUCUAACUACUUUUCCCUCUUAUAUCCUACAGAUGACUAACAUCAAGAAAAGCACUCAGAUACUGCUUGAAAGGGCGUUUAAUAGAUUUCUAUGGUCUGGACAGAGGCAACAAAUGCAUUGGGCUUCUUGGCAAAAAGUGGCUAAACCUCAACUGGCUGAGGGAAUUGGGUUCAAGGGUAUUAAUCAGCUCUUCCAAAUAAACUUAUGCAAGCUUUGGAUUAAAUUGAGAGCUCAGACUUCUCUGUGGGCUCUUUUCAUGAACGGAAAGUAUUGUAGAGAUCAACACCCCACACUUGUUGAAAGGAAGAUAGGGGAUUCUAAAAUUUGGGGAAAAAUGCUAAAUAUCAGACACACUGCUAAAACUUGUUCAUUUGGGAUCUGGGGAAAGGAGACAUAA